AUGGUAUUAAUGCUGUACCCAGACCGUUAUACUACUAUUGAUAUGUCGGAAAAAAGAAUCGAUGUCGUAUACGGACGCAAAGAAAAAUCGACUACUGAUUCCACUUGGGUCAAGCUUUAUGGCGGAAAAUCCAAUCAAAGAAUAACCUUCGACAAUCAUAUAAUGCUAAGGUUUAAUUCUGAAUUUUAUUCUCCGAAUCCAUCUGUAUUUAUGGUUAUUGAUGUUUUAAGAAAUAUUCAUAUCGAUACAGUGACACGUAUGAACCAGUACCAUAAGGGAAUUCAAAAUAUAAUCCGUCCAAUUGAAAAACAAAAACAAGAGUAUCUGUUUCAAUUUUGGGAAGUAUUUUUACGUGACGGAGAUCGUAUGCAGUUUUUAAAAAACGUCGGCAGUCGGUUUCAGCCAAUCAAACUUUGA